CCCGUCGGUUUUUGUCCUCCGUGAGCAAAAUUUCGGCUCUUAUUCAUAUGUGAGGCGUAGCUGCAGAAAGGGGCGACUCGGGAAGUAGGAUAGUUAUAGAUGAAAUGGUGAGGACGAGCAAAGCGCUUCUGCAAAAAGCAGAGCCACUGGCGAAGACCCUAAUGGAGAUACUGGUUUGUCCUCUCUCAAAGCAACCGUUGAGGUUCUGUGAACACGCGAAUUCCCUAAUCAGUGAUGCCAUCGGCGUUUCCUUUCCUAUAAAAAACGGGAUUCCUAGCUUAGUUCCAAUGGAUGGGAAGAUAGUUGAGGAAGAAGAUACACCGAAGCCCGAGGAUGCUGCCAAUUCAUCAUCAAGAACUGAGGAGAGUCAUGGAAGAAAUUCUUAAAUCGAACUGUUAUGAUGUUAUUCUUAUGAGUAACAACUAACAACUCAAGAUUGUGCUCGAUUGUGAAGAUAUUUUGCAAUUUACUGCAGCAAAUCAGUACGUCAUUCUUCGUUUGGGUUGCAUUGUGCCGGAAUAGCGUAUGAUAGAAUUUGAUUUUAGCUUGUUUGCAGAAAACUGAGGUUAUAAUAUUUUGUUGUGGUUGGUAAGUUACCGAGUAUAGGGACAAGUACACCUAUCGGUAAAUAAAGCUAAAUGGGAAAGAGAUAUAACAUGUUAAUAAAAGAAUUACACACAUUUCUUUUUCUAUUUCUAUUUUUUGGAUGACUUGGUUUACCUAUAAAUUUGGUAUGAUAGAUUUACCGAGCAUAGUUGCAGUGACUUGAAGGGAAUCGGCAUAUUCAGGAAUUGAAUUUUCUUCUCCA